AUGGCAGACAAGGAUAGUGUUGAAAAAUACUUGGAGAAUAACCCUCAGUUUGCCAAAGAGUAUUUCGACAAGAAGGUCCGAUGCGAGGUCAUCGCUGCCGCUUUCGCAGAGAGCCUUGACAUCAAAGAUCCAACCUCGUUCAAGGAUGUCAGCCAAAUCCAGGAGGCCACCAUUAUCUUUGACAUGAUCAAAGAAAUGCAUUCGCAGCAGAUAAUGGAAAAGGCCAUGCACAAGGUCCUGCAGAGGAUAUGUAUGCUGGUGAACGCAGACCGCUGCAGCUAUUUCAUAUACCGAGCCAGAAACGGCAUCCCUGAGCUCGCUUCGUGUCUUUUCGAUGUCACCUCUACCUCGAAAUAUGAGGCGAACUUGGUCAAUCCUCAAUCUGAAAUUGUCUUCCCUACUGACAUGGGCAUAGUUGGCCAAAUAGUGACUACCAAAAAACCAGCUAAUGUUCCCGAUGUCAAACAGAAUCCCAAAUUCAGUGACUUUGUGGACAAGCAAACAGGAUACAGCACUAAAAACAUGAUGGCUGCCCCUCUCAUGAACGGGAAAGACCCACUUGGUGUGGUCAUGGCAAUUAACAAAGUGGGAGGAAAUGAAUUCUCCAAAGCAGAUGAAGACCUCUUCUCCAAGUACAUCACCUUCGCCACAGUCAUUGCCCUACAGCAUUACACCUCAUACAUGUAUAACGUGGAAUCUAGAAGAAGCCAGGUUCUCUUAUGGUCUGCGAGCAAAGUGUUUGAAGAGUUGACGGACAUUGAGCGACAGUUUCACAAGGCUCUGUACACUGUCAGGACCUACCUACAGUGCGAGAGGUACUCCGUCGGCCUUCUGGACAUGACCAAAGAAAAGGAGUUCUACGAUGAGUGGCCGAUUAAACUGGGCGAUGUGGAGCCGUACAAAGGCCCAAAGACACCUGACGGCAGGGAAAUCAACUUCUACAAGAUCAUUGAUUAUCUCUUAGAGAGCAAAGAAGAGAUCAAAGUCAUACCAACUCCUCCUGUUGACCACUGGGCACUUGUUAGUGGCCUCCCCACCUAUGUGGCUGAAAAUGGCUUUAUUUGUAACAUGAUGAAUGUUGCUGCUGAUGAUUACUUUACAUUCCAGAAAGAAGCUGUGGACGAGUCGGGUUUUGUCAUUAAAAACGUCCUGUCCCUUCCUAUUGUCAACAAGAAAGAAGAAAUAGUGGGAGUUGCCACUUUCUUCAAUCGGAAAGAUGGCAAGCCAUUCGAUGAGCAGGAUGAACAAAUUACUGAAGCCCUAACACAGUUCCUAGGAUGGUCUGUACUGAAUUGUGACACAUAUGACAAACUGAAUCGGACAGAGUGGAGAAGAGAGAUUGCAGCAGAAAUGGUCAUGUACCAGACCAAAGCCACCCCAGCUGAAAUCCAACAGAUUCUGAACACAAAGGAGAAGUUUGACAUGAACCCUGAGGACUGCGAUCAGAAAGAAAUGUACAAACUCUUGAGAGCCAACAUUCCAGAAGCCAAAGAUGUGGAUCUGCUAUUAUUUAGUUUUAGUGACUUGCCUGUCUCUGAGCUUGACCUUAUCAAAUUUGGCAUCCGCUGUUUCUUUGAACUUGGAGUGGUAGAGAAGUUCAAAGUGCCAGCAGAGGUCCUGACAAGAUGGAUGUACACUGUACGAAAAGGCUACAGAGAUAUCACCUACCAUAACUGGAGGCAUGGGUUUAACGUGGGCCAGACCAUGUUCUGUCUUCUUCAGACUGGAAGGCUGAGAAAAUACUACUCGGACCUUGAGUCCUUUGCAAUGGUAGCGGCUGCAUUCUGUCACGACAUUGACCACAGGGGUACCAACAAUCUCUACCAGACAAAGAGCGCAUCACCACUGGCCAAGCUCCAUGGAUCUUCCAUCUUGGAAAGGCACCAUCUUGAUUACAGCAAGACGCUGAUGGCAGAUGAGAGCGUUAACAUUUUCCAAAGUUUGCAGAAACGCCAGUUUGAGACAGUCCAGCACUUGCAUGAUGUCUGCAUCAUUGCGACUGACCUGGCCUUGUAUUUCAAAAAAAGGACCAUGUUCCAGAAGAUUGUUGAUGCCACUGAACCAAUGAGUGAUGAGAAGGAAGCGAUUGCCUAUGUGUCUAACAAUCCCAUUAGGAAAGAAAUCAUUAUGGCAAUGAUGAUGACUGGAUGUGACUUGUCUGCCAUUACCAAGCCAUGGGAGGUCCAGAGCAAAGUUGCUCUCAUGGUGGCAGCUGAAUUCUGGGAGCAGGGAGACCUGGAAAGGACUGUGCUAGACCAACAACCCAUUCCCAUGAUGGACAGGAACAAGGCGGAUGAACUUCCGAAGAUGCAGUGUGGUUUCAUUGACUUUGUGUGCUCGUUUGUGUACAAGGAAUUUUCAAGGUUCCACAAAGAGAUCACUCCCAUGUUCGAUGGCCUGAACAACAACAGGGUCCAUUGGAAGGAACUGGCUGAUAUUUAUCAAGCAAAAGUAGACGCUAUAGAGAAUGAACGAAAACGGCUAGAAGAGGAGCAGGCUAAAAAAGCUGGUGAGGAUGGUGGAGAGGGAGGAAAGUCCAAAACCUGCACCAUAUUUUAAACAUCAUCUGACAGAAAUUCAGAGCCACAGAGAAGUCUGGGCCAGCAUGUAGAGGGAGGUGAAACGUGCUCCUAGGAUCACUACAUUUUCGCCAGCUUUCUGUCUCAUUUCCUCGGAUGUACCUUCUCCAAGUGAACACGUAGGCAUUCACCAGAAAUGGAAGAACUGUACCUGUCAGAUGUUCUUUCUGAUGCGGUGCCAGCCUAGAGCACCAUAUAGACAAAUUCAAGCUUGUUCCUUAUCCCUGAUUUCACCUCGACUGUACCUUUUAACGACUAACUACACUGGAGGAAGUACUGCAUAUGCAACUUGCCACAAAGUGGUGGCUGAAACACAACUCUACAAAUAUUUAUUGUGCUGUAGUUCAUUGGUCAAACAAUUAGAUAGCCCCGCCCCCAAACAAACACCAUUGGCAUCACUUUAAAUUACACACUUCACUUUUAAACUACUGCAAAGCAUAUUUGAAUACAUAUCAGUUGCUUUGUUUAGGGUUGAAGGACCAACUCAUUUGAAAAAGCUUUUAGAAGCUGAUUGGUUAUUAGCAAAUGCAUUGCGAAAUGUACAAAGAUCUCGUGUUACAAGUCUUGCACACUGACUACUUGAGUUACGUUUUUGAAAAGAAAGAUGGCACUGCCAAGGCUAAAGAUCUUGUCACUUGCAUGUUUGGAUGGAUGUGAAACAGGACGUCUUUUCUACUUUUUUGUUCUCUAUAGAUGAUGAAGCUGCGGAUGCAAUAUGGCUAAUUCUGUGAAUAUGUGGAGAACAUUUAUGACCAGAACUUUGAUGUUUGUUCUAUAAUCAUUGAUACCUAAGCACCACACAUAGUUUUCAACCAUAAUGUAUUACAUAGAGUGUAUUACAUAGAAUGUCAACUGAUAACAUAGAGGUACUUGUUGAUACCAAAGAUUUAAAUGAUGUUUAAGUGGUAUUCUAUUGAGCAGGGCAUACAAACGUCAGGGAAUAUUUAGAAAGUGCAUUGCAUGCAAUGACAAAGCAAGCGGGAACGGUCAGUACUUGAAUCUGUAAGGAGAUUUGAAGUGAGUUUGAUGGGGGAGCAGCUCCUGAGAUUCACUCCAUUUUAAUCUUUAAACACCAUGCUUAUUUAAAUCAGACUACUGAAGCCUCUAGAUAUCUCCUCUGGCAGAAAGCACAACCCCAAUUCGUGAGGUCAAAGUCUCUCUUUCCUGAUCUUUGGAGAAUCUGAUGACAGCGGUAACUGUUAAACUAGUGAAUGAACCACAGAUUUUGUCUGAUUUCAAAAAGAGGUCAUUCUGCUUUAGAAAAAACACCAGGCAAUGACAAAAACAAGUAACCUAUGAAGAGAUAUAGUAAAUGCAUUGAAAAAAGAUAUCAUCUAAUGCAAUAUCCGCUUGUUAGAAAUAAAACACUGAAGGCCUUUAAUCCAAUAACAGGGGCCACGGCAGUCUAUAUAACUAGCGACUACACUUAAAUGUCAAACCCUUUAAGUCCAGAUCAGACUGAAGAGGCCAAAAGUGAGUAAAUCUCAUCUCAGGUUAAAGCAUUUUGUUGGGAUUGUGAACGAUAGUAUCUACAGUCAUUUGGAGUGAGUGUGGGACUGAUAUCCAAUCAUCUUAUUUACUGAAUACUACUGCACAUUUACUGUAAAUUAUGUCAUGAGAACAAAUAAACACAUUAUUCU